AUGGAAAAGCAAUCUAAACCGUUGGGAUUGGCAAGUGGACUAGAAACCUUGUGUGGACAAGCCUAUGGAGCUCAGCAAUAUCAGAAGCUUGGAACUCUAACAUACAUUGCCAUAUUCUCUCUCAUACUAGUUUCUGUCCCACUGUCUCUCAUUUGGAUCAACAUGGAAGCAAUCCUGGUCUUCAUAGGCCAAGAUCCUCUUAUAUCACAUGAAGCAGCCAGGUUCAUAAUCUGGCUUGUUCUUGCACUUCUUGGAUUUGCAGUUUUGCAGUCUCUGGUUAGAUAUUACCAAAUGCAAAGCCUGGUUCUUCCCAUGCUGAUCAGUUCUUGUGUCUCUCUUCUUCUCCAUGUGCCUCUUUGUUGGGCUCUGGUGUUCAAGUCUGGGCUUCACAAUGUUGGUGUGGCAUUGGCCAUUAGUAUUUUAAUAUGGGAAAAUGUGAUUAUUCUUUGGUUAUAUAUGAGAUCCUCUUCUUCUUGUGCCAAGACUAGGGCUCCUAUCUCUAUGGAGCUUUUCAAAGCUAUUGGAGAGUUCUUUAGAUUUGUUGUCCCUUCUGUAGUUAUGAUAUGCUUAGAAUGGUUUGAGCUUCUGAUCUUGCUCUCUGGGCUAUUACCAAAUCCACAGCUUGAAACUUCAGUUCUAUCUAUUUGUCUUAACACCAUUUCCACUCUAUAUUGUAUUCCCUAUGGAAUUGGUGCAGCAGCAAGUGCAAGGAUUUCAAAUGUAUUACGAGCUGGGAAUCCAGAUGCUGCAAGGGUAUCUGUAGUGGUUACAAUGUGCAUUGCAGUGUCGGAGACAACAAUUGUAAGCACAACACUUUUUGCCUGUCACCAUGUUUAUGGCUACACUUUCAGUAAUGAGAAGGAAGUUAUUGACUAUGUCACUUUCAUGGCUCCUCUAGUUUGUCUCUCCGUUAUCCUUGACAGCAUACAAGGUGUUCUCUCAGGAAUUGCUAGAGGUUGUGGAUGGCAGCACAUAGCAGCUUACAUUAACUUAGGAGCCUUUUACUUGUGUGGGAUCCCAUUGGCUGCUACAUUGAGUUUUUGGGCAAAGCUGAGAGGAAAAGGCCUUUGGAUUGGCAUUCAAUUUGGCUCUUUUGCGCAAACUGUUCUACUUGCCAUCAUAAAAUGUCGUAUAAACUGGGAACAAUAG